CUUGGGCUCUUCCCUUCUUCCCCAGCCUCGACGGCCACCAUGGGCACCACCUUGCCCCUGCCCCGAAGGCCAGGCUGGCUCCAGCUCUUGGCAGCGGCGGCCUUUUGCCUCUGGGGCGCGCAAGGCAAGGUUGACUCCAACAAGUUAUGGAAAACCUAUCAUGGGGUUUUCUCCGCAAGAUUUCCUGAGAGCAGCACGUGGACCUCUGCUUCCCAUCCAGAAUGACCAUAUUAUUGCUCCUUCUUUCUGUAUACUAUUCAUGUGGUGCACAGUUCAAAUCAUUAGAGAGAGGUCUUAUUUUAUCACCUGGCUUCCCCAACAAUUAUUCAUCGGGCAUACAUUGUAUUUGGCAGUUCUUCAUCCCUGCUAGAACAUACUUAAUGUUGGAAAUUUUUGACUUUGAUGUGUUUGAAAGCAUGAGUGAGAACCCAAGUGCCUGGAAUGAUUUUCUUACCCUUCCCAAAAAUACCAAGGAAGAGUUUUUUCCCAAUGAGGGUAAUACAGACUUUCCCACUAUCCUUUCUACUAAGAGCUCCACUCUCCAAAAUUUUCAUUCAACGGAUUUUUAUAAUCUUCAUGGUGGGCUUCCAGAAACUGCUUCUGAAAAACAGGAAUCAAAACAAUUCCAGCAAAUACAAGAACCAAGAGAGUUGGCCAUUACUCAGCCUAGCGAAUCACCAUUCAUGGAAGCAAUCAAUGUCACCUUACUGAGACACAUGGCCAGUGGAGUACAGGAGGAAAAUAAAGACCCAAUGGACAAAAUAUUGUUUGCUCACCUCACUGCUAGUGGGACAAAGGAAGAUUCUGAAGGCUCUAAACAGCAUUCAGGAAAUAUGGCUUUUGAAGACAAUGAGGGCAUUUCAACGAUGGUUUUGUCAACAGAGACUUCCUCCAUCCCAGUGACCUCGAUGGAAGUUUGCCCCCAUGAUGUCUUGUAUGUUUCUGAUCUCUUUGCUUUUUCUUCUCGCUUCUGUGGUACAAAUUCACCACUGAACAAAAACAUGACUUUUGGGUCUUCUCUAAAGAUGGUUGAAGUCAUUGUGGAGCUGAUUACAACCACAGAUCGUGGGCGAGGCUUUGCGAUGCUCUUUGAAUACAAGAAUGACACUGAACUGUUUACCAUGAAUGACUCAAAAGAUGGGAAAGAAAAUAUUAUGAUGCUGGUAAUCAUAACAGGGAUCCUCUUCUUUGCGCUUGUUCUUUUCUCCUCACUCUGUAUAGCUUGCAGACAGAAAUUAUGUCCCAAAAGGAGCUCUUUGGAUGUACACUGUGACCGAGAGAAUGGGAUCCAGAAUGCUGCUGCUGAUAUCAAUGAGCUUAGGCUAGUGAUGCCAAACCAAGAGAAUGAAAACAACAACCACUCUGUUGGUGGAAAUGGAAUUGUCACUUCCUGCAAUGGCAGUGUGGAGUGCAUUCCGCCACAAACCGAUCCAGAUCUACCUUCUUCAAUAUCAGCAUUAACCACCGAGUCUGGAAGUGAUGAAGUGUUUAUCAUUUCAGCCAGUCCUGGAGCUGGUGGCUUGAGUUUUACCUCCUAUCAAAUACAGGACAAAAAGCUAAAGAGAAGUAUCACAAGUCCAGGCUCAGUUUCUAACUGGAUAAUAGCAGAUGAAACGGAACCAGGUCUCAAUGUUACAGAGAGAAGAGUGGUACAGACGGAGAGCCAUCGCCCAGCACAGCAGACAUGGAGUACAUAUGCGUUUCAUGACUUACUGGCUCCAUUGCCUCAGCUGCAGAAAAAAUGGUGCAGCUGGACUACUAACAAUCCUUUCACCAAGCUGGUGAAUAGUGGUGGCUUUUCUACAUCCAUGAAAAACCAGACUACAGUUACUCAAAAAGUAACCUCAUCUGCAGAAAUAGAUGGAAACUCUCAACAGGCUUACUUGGACUCAUCAGCCAGCACUGCAUCUUACCCAUUGACACAUUCAAUACAGAAAGGGUGCAAACUGAGCAGCAGGUGCACUUUGAAAAGAUCCCGAUUUGGAAAUCCUUACUUUGGUUUUUUAACAAGUUCUCCCAGUUGCAGCAACCUAAGGCUCCCUGAUCACUCCAUGCAUGCGGGUGAUACAUCUCUAGUCAACAGCUCAAGCCAAGGAGCAAAAAUCACCCCUGAAGAUCCCAUCCAACUCAAAAGCAAUGCAACCAGUGGCUCAAAAUCCAAGGAGCUCCCACUAGAAAUGGACAAGCCCAAACCUGUUUUCGUUAUUUCUGAAGAAGGGGAUGACCAACAGCCUUUGGUUUUAGCAGAGCACAUAAAUCAAUGUGUAGAUUCCCUCACUGAACCAAAUGUUGUUAUCCAUAACCUACAGAUGGCCAUGGUGAGUGAGCAAGCAGUGGACUUCACUCUUCAAGCAGAAAGUUUUGCUGAGUCUACCAGCAUCAGGACAAAGUACCCCAGUUCAUUCAAAGAUUUCCUGAAGGGCUGUGGUGCUUACAAAGACCAAAGCUAUGUGCCUGUUUCAGAUACUGGAACGGCUACGAUCAGCACUCAUCAGAAAUAUGACUCCUUAACUUCCCACAAAUUGUGGCAAACCUCAGUUCAAUAAUUCUUCCAAAUAUGGUAUUCAAACUGACACUGAAUAUUCAGGAUUAUGGAUCUGAAUGCAAUAUGGACAAACAUUUCUUCAAUCUUGAAUGCAACCUGGAUAAUCAACACAGGAGGGGAGUGUGCUGAGGCAGUCUUGACUCUUUAUUGGCAUACUCUCUUAUGAAGUUGUGCAUUGUUGCACUUGCACCUCUCGCCUUAAAUUGCACCUUAUGCAAAUAUGAAUUAAAAGGCGCAUGAAGUUUUGAUCGUAUCUCACAAGAGUUCAAUCUAAUUCUAGCCACAGUUGGGGACAAUUGCACAACACUGUGAGGUGGUAAUCUCUAACAGGAGAAAAUGCAAAGGGGUAAACAGUAAACUAAAAUACUGUGCCAAG